UUAGUAAUAUUAUACAUAAGCGGUGUUAGUGUAGUUAAUAUGAUUGAUAAAAUGACAUGUCCUCUAUGUAACAGACGUCUAAAAUUAAAACAAAUAAAUUUAACCGAGGCGGUUUAUUUAUGUACAGAUUUAACAUGUUCAUAUCCCGUUAAUAACCAAUGUUACAUAGUCAAACGAAACUUGGAAAAUUUACAAAAAAUAUCGAAAUAUUCCACCAUUUCAACGGUAUCUAACUCAAAUUCUCCUCAUGGAAAUAUCACCGAUGUUGAUAACGAUUUAGAUAUAGACGAAUUAGUAUCUGAGACACUUACCAAUUUGAAUUAUUCCAGAGAAAAUGUUCAUAAAAAUUUAGAUACGAAAAAAUUUGAGACUAGUGUGGGCAAGAUUGAAGAUACAACUUAUGAUGCAGAUUUAGAAGAGUUUAUUAAUGGGUUAACUAAUUGAGGGUAGUGUAUAAGAAAUAUGUAAAUAUAUAGGAAAUAUAUAUAAAAUUGUUUUUUCUA